UCUUUGGCAUCACCGGAUUUGUCGGCCACCGUAAAUUUUCUUCGCCCCCCAUCAAUCAACCCGAAAGCAACCUCCUGACAGCAGCGAUACAAUCACCGCCAGGUCAAUGGCUUCCCAGAUAUACUCUCGAUACAUUCCUCCAUCGAAGAAAUCCUCUGCCCCGAACCAACCUUCCACGAAACCUUCUACGACGGCUCUUGGCACAGAAGUUGCUGCUGCGACCCCACCUCGCCAUGCUUCAGCAACCUAUGCAAGAUAUGUCCUACCCUCGAAGACGAUCCCGGGACGACCUUCUGCCACCAUAGUACCGGACUUUGAAUCAACGGCAAUACGUAAGCGCAACCGCGAGGAUGUGGAGGAGGAAUCAGCUCCGAAGAGAACGAAGAAGGACAAGAAGCCCUGGAAGGCUCGCGAUUCUCCCCAGGACGUAGAAGAAUUGAACAAGUCAAGAGAAUCAGCGGCGGGCGCUUUUGUUUCACCUGCCGCGGAACUGAAAAGGUCCCGAGGGGUGAAAUCACUGAGUUUGGCAGCAAGUGGUCAAGAUGAGGGGCAGAAUGAACCAAGGACAAAGGAAAACAUACUACCGAGGGAACCGAAGCUAUCAGCUGGGUCUCCAGUCAUUGGUUCCACGUCCAAAUUUGCAAAAAACGAGGUGGAUGAGUUGGACAAACGGAUAAAGAGGAAGACAAAGCGGGUCGGCGCAAACGUUGAACAGGAUAGUGGAGGGACAGUGACCCAAGAGGAAGAUAAUGGCUUGAGACACAAGAAAUUGAUGGAGAAGCGGGAAAAAUCCAUGAAGAAAGCGGAGAGGUUCGUCCAAAAGUCAAAGUCGGAACCUGUUGGGGAGCAAAUUCAGGCCGAGAAGGAAGAGGUUCCCAUUGAAGUCCACGACCUGGUCCCUCUUCCUCAGCCAGACCCAGUCCCCGAGCUGCCCGUCCUUGCAGCCUCAACCUCUCUGCCUCCUUGGCUUGCAUCACCUAUCCGAGUGUUACCAACUGCCACGGCUUCCUUCUCCGAAGUUGGAAUUGAUGUUGAUGUUGCCAGAGCCUUGCAAGACAGGGGACUUAGCGAAGCAUUUGCUGUCCAGGCGGCUGUCCUACCACUCCUUCUUCCCGGGGAGCUACAGCAGCUUGGUGAUAUUCUUGUUUCUGCGGCUACGGGUUCAGGUAAAACAUUGGCAUACGUUCUUCCCAUGGUUGAAAGCAUCAGCCGCAGUCAAACCACCAAACUGCGAGGUCUUAUUGUCAUGCCAACUAGGGAACUUGUCACGCAAGCAAAGAACGUUUGCGAGAUUUGCGCUUCAGCUUUUCCGGGUAGGUUGGGGAGAAAACGUGUUAAGAUCGGGACAGCUGUGGGCAACGAAACUUUGAAAGUCGAACAGGAGAUGUUGAUCACCCAAAAACUGCUCUAUGAUCCAAUUGCAUAUGAAAAGCAACAAUCACAACUCAAUGAGAAGUGGAAGAACUCGGAAGAUGGGAGCGACGAGGGAGCUCUCUGCGAUGAGGAAGUCGUAUCUGAUCUGCCAGACCAUGUUUUCAGACCAUCGUCAAACGUCGAUAUCUUGAUCUGCACUCCGGGCCGACUGGUUGAACAUAUCAAGUCCGCUCCCGGCUUUACUUUGAAACACAUCAAAUGGUUUGUUGUGGACGAGGCCGACAAGCUGCUCGAUCAAAGUUUCCAGCAGUGGCUUGAAGUUGCAAUGGCUAGAAUGGACGUGGAGGGUAGGUCUACACGGCCACUGGAUCGAGUCAGAAAGAUCAUUUUGAGUGCGACGAUGACAAGAGAUGUUGGGCUGUUGAACCCGUUGAGACUUUAUCGACCAAAGUUGAUCUUGCUGGAGGGCUCGUCGUCAGCCGGACAUGACAAUAUUGAGACUUCUCAAGCGCAUGUUCUUCCCCCCUUACUUCUUGAGUCUGGUGUUAAGGUUGAAGAUGAGAACAUCAAGCCAUUGUAUUUGAUGGAGCUUCUGAAAAGAGAAGACGUACUUUCUGGAGAUCUGCUGAUUGAAAGCUCUUCGGACCCUUCUGAUGACAAGUCCUCCUCGGAUGAGAAGGGAUAUCAGAGCUCGGCCCGCUCGAUGAGCCACAAGACGUCGAAACGCGAACCAGACACUCCUCGAGGAGUCCUCAUCUUCACUAAGUCAAAUGAGUCCGCGCUUCGUCUCGGCCGCCUGAUCGCUCUUCUCGCGCCAUCUUCCUCUCAUAAAAUCGGGACGUUGACAUCCACGACACCACGCGCCGCUCGCAAAUCCGCUCUCAAGUCCUUCGCCGCAGCGAAGGUCUCGAUUCUUGUUGCGUCAGAUCUCGUAUCCCGUGGUCUUGAUCUUCCGAACUUGGCACAUGUCAUCAACUACGAUGUCCCAACCAGCCUUACAAGCUAUGUGCAUCGUAUUGGCAGAACUGCGAGAGCUGGAAAACGAGGACAUGCAUGGACACUGUUCACGGCAAGUGAAGGGAGAUGGUUCUGGAAUGAAAUUGGCAGAACGAAAGGAGUUGAGCGGUCCAGCGGAAAGAUUGAGAGAGUCAAUAUCAAGGCGGAGUUUUUUGGUCAAGAACAGAGGGCCACAUAUGAGGAUGCUUUGGUAGAACUGGGGAGGGAGGCACGAAAUCUUCGAGCAGGUGUUGUGGUCGCUUGAAGUCAAGGAUACAUAUCCAACAUUGGUGAAUGAGAUGCGUGUUAGUUGAAGAACUCGCAUCGUAUGAUACCCAGCAUAAUCUGUUCGCUCAAAGGGGAUAUUAUACUUUUGUAAUUGGACGAAAAAGCUUCUGGGAGCAGUUCCUGCGUGUCAAUUGCUUAAUUUUUCACAUUUGUAACCGUGACGCCUGUGGUCACCUUGAUUCCAUCCCCCUCGAGAAUCAUCUCUUCGCUCCCUGUCCUUGACAUCGCAUCGCAACUUUCAGCCUGGAUAACCGCGCGGUUUUGCCAUUGAUUUUCGACAUCCAUUGUGGUGUCGCUCCGUAGACAUUGAUCUGGAGGUCCCCUGAGCGAACCCAGUGGCAAAGGCCGACAAUCCCGCGUAUCAAAGUAUGCGCCACCCGUAUUAGUCC